AUGAAACGGGUGGCACGGCAGUGGACAUGUCCCUCAUGUGCACUGCGCCAACCGCGUCGAGGUCUGGUCACUUCGACGCGCGCCAAGGGAGCUGCAGCCGCUGCAGCAGCGGCGACCGACGACUAUCGACCCGUGUCGAAAGCAGAUCCAUCCAUUGCCCACGAUGACAGAACAUUGAGGCAAGUCUUUGAUUCGCCCGACUUCUGGAAGGACUUCUCAUCAAAGCAAAAGUAUCACUAUGGAGGGAACAAAAAUGCGGGUCUCUUCCAGAAUCGAUACCUCUACGAACCGGCCGGAUUCGAACGAUGGGCGAACGAUGUGUUGCAGAAGUGCCAGAGGAUCGUUGCAAAAGUGUUACAAUAUGAUUCCGUGGAGCAAUACAAGCGCAUCGCUCGAGAUAUGGACAGACUGAGCGACUUGCUGUGUCGUGUCAUCGAUCUGAGCGACUUCAUUCGCUCCGUUCAUCCGGAUCCAAAGAUACAAGCGGCGGCGAGUCAGGCGUAUGCGAUGAUGUUCCAAUACAUGAAUAUUCUGAACACAACGAGGGGACUAGAUACUCAGCUAAAGCGAGCUCAAUCGACACCAGAGGUAUGGGAAUCGUGGAGCCCAGAGGAGCAAACAGUAGCGGAUAUCUUGAUUCGAGACUUUGCGAAAAGCGCAAUAGAAUUGCCCGAGCAGCAAAGGCAGGCCUUUGUGGAUAUUUCAGAUGACAUUGCGGUGGUGGGAAAUGACUUCGUGGACAAGAUGACUGCCGAAAAGCCAGUCCUGUCGAUCGAGAGCAGCCGAAUGAAAGGCAUGGACCCCGUGUUUGUGAGGCAACUGACGAAAUGGGGACGAGUGAACUUGCCAACGGAAGGAAUGCCAGCGACUAUUGCGUUACGGACGGUAGAGGAUCCGGAUACACGACAGGAAAUCUACAUGGCCAAUAGGAUUUCAUCGACUGCCAACGUUCAACGAUUGGAGCGGCUGCUGAAGAAGCGUGCAGAAUUGGCAGACUUGUCAGGAUACGACAGCUUUGCGCACAUGACGCUCACGGACAAGAUGGCCAAGUCGCCCGAAGCUGUAACGUCAUUCUUGAAUGGCCUAGCUCAGGUCAAUGCACCAAAAGUGCGGGAGGAACUGCAGGAACUGCUGGAAUUGAAGAAGAGCGAUGCUCAGAGGGGUGCGGACAGACUCAAUGCUUGGGACCGGGACUACUAUACGGCCCAGCUCCUGCAGUCAAUGCGUUCGAAAGCACGAACUCCAGACUUUUUGAGCGCCUACUUCUCUCUGGGCACCGUCUUUCAAGGGCUCUCGCGUCUCUUUCAUCGCCUCUAUGGCAUCCGUCUCGUGCCUCAUCAGACACUACCGGGAGAGACAUGGAACGAGGACGUGCGACGCCUCGAUGUCAUCGACGACCACGAAGGCCAUAUUGCAGUCAUCUAUUGCGAUCUGUUCGAGCGACCAGGAAAAUCGCCCAAUCCAGCACACUUCACACUUCGAUGCUCACGUCGGAUCUCCGAGGAAGAGAUGCAUGAGGCGGCAGAAGUCACCUCGCGACCCAAUUCUCCCUUCGCGACAGCACAAGAAGCAGUAAACGAUGGCUUAGCCACCAACUUCAACCCGCGCGACAACAACGCCCUCUAUCAACUCCCCACCAUCGCUCUCAUUUGCGACUUCUCCAUGCCAGCAUCCUCUACCUUCUCCCGCCAGCGUCCAGCACUUCUUACUUUCCGCGAACUCACGACUCUCUUCCACGAAAUGGGCCACGCCUUACAUUCCAUCUGUGGCCGCACCGCUCUGCAGAACGUCUCCGGAACCCGCUGCGCGACCGACUUCGCCGAACUUCCUUCCGUCCUAAUGGAGAGUUUUGCUUCCGCGCCGGAAGUCCUCGCCCUCUAUGCCCGCCACUGGGAGACCGACGCCCCGCUCGAUCCCGCACGUGUCCAGGAACGCGUGCAAAUCGAUCGCAGAAUGCAAGGCGCCGAGACAGAGUCACAAAUUCUGCUUGGCAUGCUCGAUCAGGAAUUCCAUUCUUCUGCUCCUCUGUCUUGGACUCGCGAUGGUGAGUCUACAGAAUUAUACCAUCGCGUCUGGAACCAGUAUUCCGCUAUUCCCGAACCCCGAGGAACGUCUUGGCAAGGUUUCUUUGGGCAUUUGUUUGGGUAUGGUGCGACGUACUAUAGCUAUUUGUUCGAUCGCGCUAUUGCGGGGAAGAUUUGGAGAGAUGUAUUUCAGCGGCAGGUGGGCGAUGCUGUCAACCCGGAACGGGGACAGGUCUUCCGUGACGAGGUGUUGAGAUGGGGUGGAGGGAGGGAUGGAUGGAAGUGUGUGGCGGGUGUGUUGGGAGAGAGUGAGAAGAGAGAGGUUUUGGAGGAGGGUGGUAAAGGGGCUAUGGAGAGGGUGGGGUUGUGGGGUGUGCAUAACUGAAGGGCCAGAGGGAUUGGGAAGAUUGAAAAUCAUGAGAUGGUGUACAUAUGUAUGAAUGCAAGUAUUGCGUGCAUCGCGCUUAGGUCGUGAGGGAACAUUA